GCGCGCCUGCACGCGGCCAGAAAUAUCGAGCGGGCGCAGCUGCCAGCGACCGAGGCGUCAUGGGUGUGCAGGAGGGCGCGGCGAGCCAGAGCGACGACGGCCGCGCGGGCGACAGCAUGGCUCCGAACGAGGCCCACGCGCUGACCGGCGGCGACAAGCCGGCCGUGCCCAUGGCGAAGGCCAACGGCGAGCCCGAGCCGGACGUGGAGACUGGCAACGGACGUCCGGAGCCGGAGUUCUGCGGCCUCACCAAGGAGGAGCUGAUGCGUUAUGCCAAUGACCCGUUCUGGGUGCGGCUGCGCUGGGCGCUGUUCGUCUUCUUCUGGCUGGUCUGGCUGGCCAUGCUGGUGGCCGCCAUCUUGAUCGUCGUGCUCGGUCCCAAGUGCGCGCCCGUGAAGGAGCUCGACUGGUGGCAGAAGGACGCGCUCUACCAGGUGUACCCGCUCUCCUUCAAGGACGACAACGGCGACGGCUACGGCGACGUGGCCGGCAUCCGCUCGAAGCUGGGCUACCUGACCGACCUAGGCGUCAAGUCGCUAUGGCUGUCUCCCGUCUACAAGUCGCCGAUGAAGGACUUCGGCUACGACAUCAGCGACUUCCGGGCUAUCGACCCGGUCUUCGGCACGAUGGAGGACUUCGAUGGGCUGCUGGCUGACGUCAAGGGCAAAGGCAUGCACCUGAUUAUGGACCUGGUGCCGAACCACAGCAGCGACGAGCACGAGUGGUUCCAGCGCUCGGUGCGCCGCGAGGCGCCCUACACAGACUACUACGUGUGGUCCGACGGCGUCCUCGGCGGCCCGCCCAACCAGUGGCUCUCCGUGUUCGGCGGCCCGGCCUGGACGUACAACGAGCAGCGCGGCCAGUUCUACUACCACCAGUUCCUGUCCCACCAGCCCGACCUCAACUUCCGCAACCCGGCCGUGCAGCGCGAGAUGGAGGACGUCAUCCGGUUCUGGCUGGAGAAAGGCGUCGACGGCUUCAGGCUGGACGCGCUGAAGCACCUGUACGAGACGCCGGACCUGACCAGGACGGAGCCGAGGAUGCCGGGCAAGACGGGCUCCACCUGGGAGGACUUGGACCACUGGGGCGUCACCACCGACCUGCCCGAAACGUUCGACACGCUCGCCAGCUGGCGCCUGAUCUGCGACGAGUUCGAGGAGAAGGAUCAGCACCAUCGGCUGCUCAUGGCUGAGGUGUACGGCGAGACCAGCAACCUCAUGGAAUACUACGGCAACGGCACCAACCUGGCCGACUUCCCCUUCAACUUCCUGCUGGUGGAGCGGCUGAAAACGGCGGCCGACCUGACCGGCACCGGGCUGCAGGCGGCAGUGAGCGAGUGGCGUGACGCCCAGCCCAACGGCACCUGGUCUAACUGGGUUCUCGGCAACCACGACAAUUCGCGCGUGGCGUCUCGCGUCGGCGAGGAGGCAGCCGACGCGCUCAACAUGAUGCUGCUGCUGCUGCCCGGCACGCCCGUCUCCUACUACGGCGAGGAGCUGGCCAUGACGGACGGCGAGGUGCCGCCGGCGCGCGUGCGCGACCCGGCCGGCCGCGACCCGCAGCGCACGCCCAUGCUGUGGAGCGGCGAGGAGAACGCCGGCUUCUCGAGCGGCGGCGUGCCGUGGCUGCCGGUCAACGCCAACUUCCGCGAGAUGAACGUGGAGGCGCAGCUGGCGGCUGAUGCCAGUCAUCUGAAGGUGUACCGACAGCUGCAGCGGCUGCGCGCCAGCACCGACUCUCUUACCGCCGGCAACUACACCGAGCUGCUGGUCGACGAGCAGAUCUUCUCGUUCAUGCGCACGCGCAGCGGCUCGCCCGGCUUUGUGGUGGUCAUCAACACGUCCGACCAGACGGUGUCGGCGAAUCUGAGCGUCUCUAAGAUGCUGCCGGCCGAGGGCUCCGUGUCGGUGCGCAGCUCCCAGUCCGUCAGCGAGCAGACGCGGCCCGGCACGCGCGUCCAGUUCAACGCCGUGCCGCUCGGGCCCAAGGAGGGCCUGGUGCUAUCGUUCGUACCCAAGAGCGAGUAGUGAGCAGACGCGGCGGAGGCCGCCGCCGCAGCGGAGUGGGUCGGGACCAGCGGCGGCCCUGCGCCGGCCGCGUCAGCCGCCGGCCGCGCGCGGCCGUGCGCCGGGCCGCCGCCGAGCAGCUGUCCUGGAAUAAAUUGGUCCGG